AUGUGUUUCCACUUUUCUCAAGCGGUGCAGCAACAUCAUGGAUGCAGCAGCUACACUGAAAUCAGAGAUGAUUUCGAAAUCUUUACUUAUUCUAGCAAUCAUCCUAUUCUCCACGUCAUCAGCGAAAGAAAAAAACUACGUGGAAAUUCCUGAGCCAGCUCUGCUCAAUGGAACCUCAUAUGUCAUUUCCUCGUUUUCACCAAAAAUCUUCGUCCGAUCUGCAGACUUUUCGUUGAAUUCAACUCAAUGUAUUCAUUACUCGUUCAAAAUGUUGGAACGCAGAGUCAGGCUUCACUCAUACACAUGUAUUCUGGGAGAAGGCGGCUUCUGUACAUUAGACAAGUUUUGGUUCCCGGAUGAUAAAGAAGGAUGCACGUAUCUUCGUCCGUGGUCGCAUAAAGUGGCAGACUGGUCCUUCUACUUUGUCCUCGAGAAGCGCCCCAGAAAGUACGGAAAAGCCUUUCACGAGCGUCAGAAGAAGCUGAAACGUCAGGCUUCAACCCCAAAACGUGAAAUGAGCACAAAACCAAUUGGACAUCUCACUCUCUACGGAGUCGUUGAUUGUGAUAAAGUAUGUGCUGGAAAAGAAGAAAAAAGUCUUGGAUCGUAUGCUGAUGGAACAUUCCAUAAGGGAAGAGCACAUCGCUUGAAUUAAAUUUGAAAAUUUUGGGUGAGAAUCUGAUUUUUUAUUUCUCUUUCUCUGUAACAAAUUUUCUCUGUUUAAUUCAAAAAAAGAUACACUGUCAAAAAGUGUAAAACCCAAAUCGAUCUUCCACUGCUUCUGUUUGAACAUAAUUGUCUUUACAUUUUCCUUUUAUAGUUCCAGUUAACCUUGUCUAGAAUCUCUCUCACUCUCGAAAAUCUCCUAAUCCUUUCUAGUUUUUGAAUUUAGUAUCUGAUGCAUGUACGCUCUACUAUUGACACAUCAAUAGAGCGCACUUGCAUUUUUUCCAUUUUCAUAAUGCAUUUUGGUCUUUUUCCGGUACAAUUGAUUGUCCUUCAAGGUAGGCAUCGUUUCCCAUUAUUUCCUUCCUAAAUUCCCCGGUUUCACACAUUGUCUUUUGUAUUUUAUUUUAAUUCUUUUACGAAUUAUUAUACGUUCGUAAUUUUUUCUGGAACGUAUAAUAAUAACUAUUUUUGAAAUAAAUCCUUGCCUUUUCAUGUCUUUAUUGCUCAGUUUUCUUGAAAAAAGAGGAAAAUCUUGCUCUCCGUCUCUCCCGUGUUGUUUUUUUGUGCAUAAAAAGAUU